UAUCAUGUUUUUGGUUCUGGCAAAAAUUCUGCUAUAACAGGAUGGGUGAGAUCAUUUUUCAAGCGAUUUUAUGGAUCUGUGACAAAGUUGGAUUAUGUAACAUUAAGGCGAGGUUUCAUUAUGACUUAUUGUAGGGGCAAUCGAACGUUUAAUUUUCAUAAGUACAUGAAUCGUGCACUUGAAGAAGACUUCAAGAAAGUUGUUGGUAUAAGUUGGUAUCUUUGGAUCUUUGUGGUCAUAUUUUUGUUGCUUAAUAUCCAUGGUUGGCAUGCAUAUUUCUGGAUUGCAUUCAUUCCUAUUAUUUAUCCAUUUCAACGUACUAAGCUCCAUCAUAUAUGCGUUGUAUACUUCGAAUGGCCUUCGGAGAGAACAGAUGGAUAUAUCCUUCCAUGUAUAGUCGAAAGGGAUUUACGACGAUUUGCCAAUUUGCGAUCAACUUCGUCUGAACUUGGGUUGAACCUUCCUUUACAUGAGGGAUUGGAAUCACCCGCUGAUGGUAGACGUUCAUCUGAGUCUAGCUAUCGUAUUGGAGAUAAUGGAACUUCAGGGGGGACAAAUUAG